CGUGUAUAUAAUAAUUUUGUUUCACAGUGCAGAGCCCAAAAUAUAAACAAUAAAGGGAUGAAGUGAUCUUGUUCUGCAAAAUUUGGAAACAUUUAAUAUUGUGUCUAAAAUGGACAAGGAAAGUGAGAUUUUUUACAGAUUCAAGUGGCUCAUGUCCCUCUCAAGAAAACGUUCUUCUGAAGCAGAAGAAUCUUCCAAAGAGGGUAGUAAUGCACCAUCAGUGAAAAUGACACACCAAGGGAAUGGAAUGUUUUUUACUCUCCGUAAACGAUUUCAAAAUUUGACUUCAACAAAAGUAGAAGCUUGUGAACCGGAGUUUGCUUUGGACAGAGGACGACGACCAACUGCUGAGUCUUCAAAUAAAUGUACCGUAAAUGAUUUUUCUAGAAUUGUCCUGGAGCGACAUUGCGAGAAUCCCAUCACUUUCUCCUCACCCAAUGUAAACGUACCUGUGAUAUCCCAAAGCAAUGAUGACCCAACUUCGGUACGAGUGCAGGAUGCAAUUUCUCCUCUGGAUCCUUGCUGCACUACCAAUCCGGAUAAUCUCGAAACUAUGAUGAACAAUGUGAGAACAGACCUCUUACGGUACGGAUGGUAUUGGGGAAAACUGACCCGAUCCGCUGCACAAAAGCGUCUCGCUCGUCAAGACAAUGGAACUUUUCUAGUGCGCGAUUCGGAAACCGAAAAACACCAGUUUGCCAUCAGCUUUCGAAGCUCCGGAAUAACACUACACUGUAGGAUCGAUUAUAAAGAUAAAAAUUGGUCAUUUUCGGGAUUAACAGCACCAACACACUAUGCGACGAUGAUUGAGCUAAUAGAAGAUUCUAUGAAAAAGUCGGAACUGGACGUCAUUGGAUUUGGGAAGCAAACAUGUCCUUUAACACCUCCAUUUCCCGUACGAUUAAGUAAGCCAAUUAAUCGUUUCUUCGAAGUAGCAACCCUUCAACAUAUGUGCAAAUUCAUUAUACGACAGCGAGUAGAUAUAAAGGAUAUUCGAUAUUUACCUCUACCUAGUAAACUCCAAAAAUAUAUUGAGGAGAACGUAUAAAUUCGAGCGCUUCAGUACUGUCUGUGUGCGCACCUGACUGGGCAAAAAGGAUAAUGCACAAAUUAUCUCAUCUUGUAGCGUUCUCUGCUUAGGUCCUCUAAAAAAUGUGAGGAAUGCAUUGAGGUGGCUCAUUUUCAUAUGAAAAAAUCAAAGGGUAAAAUCUUAUGUUACAGUCCACAAAUUUGUUCAUUCGAUCUCGCAGAAGGUACUCUAAAAGUUAGAGGGGAAUCCAUCAAGUUUAGCGGCUCAAGAAGUAUGGAGAAAGUCGAUCAAAUAUGCGGACACGGUUGAAUCAUUUAUCGUAAAGCUAUUUGAUUGGUCAUUGACGUAAAGGAUAUUUGGCAUUAUAUUUUUUCAUCAUGAGUAGGCAUCUUUUGCAAUAAGAAUACAAUUCUGGUUAUGCCAAAUGGCCCGCUUCCAUACGGGAAAAAUUGUUUCUAUUACAUUUCCGGCCAUAUGUGACGCUGUAGUUGAUAACAUUCUUUCGGUUUUAAUUUGAAGGUUCUACAAUCAAUGGAUAGAAGCCUUUUCGCUUAGAAACAAAACAUGUUAUAGGUAAUUAGGGAAACUGAAAUAAUAAACGGCUUUUUAUUAUUUUUUUUUUGUUUAUUGCAGUCUUCUUCUUAUUGAGAAUUUUUAAAGUCACUAACGAAAAAAAAUCACAUAUAAUUGUAACAUUAGUAUAUAGUUACGAUAUUUUCAUAAAUACAUAGAGGAUGUCCCCGAAAGUAGCACGACUUUACCAUACUGACAUUUCGAGACUAGUGCAGAUAAAAAACUGAUUUUCACACAUUUUAUUCUUGCACUUAAUAAGAGAAUAUAGGAAGUGAUGAUUAUAUGAUAAAUCAACGAUGCUGUUAGAAAUGCCAUACAAUGCUAAGUACUAUGAUGUUAUUACGGUCCGACAGCGCUGCAGCGGCGUCCACGGGUAAAUUCUCAAAUUUCAUGUGAUUAUGUAGUAUAAAUUUUGUGAACCAAAUGAAGUUUUCUACAAUACCGCUAGAUUUAGAUCAUGAGAGAUAAAUCAGGAAAAAAUAUUCAAUAAACCCAUUCAACAAACAGAUUUUUUUCGCAACCAGUUUAUUGAUAGUCUUACUUUUCUGGAAGCUGCUCUUAUCAGUUUUGCACAAAUCACGUUAAAUCUGAGCGAAUUUGUUGUACGAAAUUUGUGCUAGCUAGGUCAUAAAGAAUGUACCAUAAACUUUUGAAAAAAUAUAUGCAUCAAUUCCGAUGCGAUAAAUG